AUGGAGUGGACCGCAUCUGGCCGUGAAGGGGAUGUGCCCAGGCUGAUCAGCGCAUUUGACCCGGUGGUGAUGGCCGAGUGGCAACGCAUCGCGGAUAAUGAUCCGGCAGGGGCCCAGUGUGGCGCAAUCCUCCCGAGUCCACACCCAGCGAUGAUGGCCCAGGAGACCGACCCCAACACGAUGGCCCCGGAGACGGACCCCAACACGAUGGCCCCGGAGACGGACCCCAACACGAUGGCCCCGGAGACCGACCCCAACACCAAGGCCCCCGAGACGGACCCGAGCACGUUGGCUCCCCCGGACCGCAACACGCCGCAGGCGUCGUCUGCCGCCAGUCCGGGGAGCGGAGUGGUGCAGCUCAUAUGCAUCCUCAUGGCCAUCUGGGCCACCGUC